UUAACAAGAACAAAGAACAUCAACCAAGAUCAUCAUCAUCUCGGGAUUAUAUUAAUAUCUUUUAAAAGAUGGGUUAUUGGAAAUCAAAGGUUGUUCCAAGGAUGAAGAGAUUGUUUGAGAAGAGUCCAGCCAAAAAGACUGAUGUUGUUGAGGAGAAGCCAAGAGAAGUUGUGGAAGAUGUCGUCAAGACCGAAGAACCUGCCAAGGUAGAAGAAACCAAACCUGAGGAAACUAUUGCAACCGGCGAGAAAGAGAUCAUAGAGAUAGUUGAAGAGAAGAAAGAAGAGGUGGCUAAACCCGUGGAGGUUCCCGCCCCGGCCUCAGCCCCCGCAGCUGCGGAGGAGGAGAAGAAGCCAGCCGUCGUAGAGGAAAAGAAGCCAGCGACCGUGGAAGAGGAGAAGAAGCCAGCAGCCGUGGAAGAGAAGAAACCUGUGGAGGAAGUGAAGAAAGAAGUCGUUGCCCCGGCCCCGGUGGUGGCUGAGACUCCGAAGGCCCCGGAAACUCCGGUGGUGGAAACUCCGGCUAAGGCACCGGAAACUCCGGCGGCAGAGCCACAAAAGGCUUGAAUUUUCUUUGUGGUACAUUUUUCUAAAAAAAUAUUGAUUGUCUUUGUGUGGAUAAUUUACUUUGUUUGUUUAUUUGUUUUAUUAUCCAUGUGAAUUUUACUCUAUAAAUGAAUUUGCUUGCUUGAAUUAUAUGUUUUUAUGA